CUGCAGUCGUCGGGAAGUAGGAAAUCUCACGUUAUUACCUCAGAUCCUGAAUGCGUGUAGGCCGGCGUGUUCGCUUACUCGCACUAAAACACGAUGGCAGAAGCAGGCUUAUUAGUACUGCAGGAUCAGUUUAUUUGCUCUGUGUGCCUUGACACCAUGAAGGAUCCCGCUUCAGUUCCAUGCGGGCAUAACUUUUGCAUGAAGUGCAUUACAAACUACUGGGAUCGGACAGGCGAGAGCGGCUGUCCGCAGUGCCGUGAGAUAUUCACUCCGAGGCCGGUGUUGCGCAAGAACACCCUGCUAUCGGAAGUUGUCGAGCAGUUCAAAACAACAGGAUUCGGUUUACCAUGCAGUGAAAAUUACCCAGUAGAAUCAGAGUGUGAUUUCUGCACCGAGAAGAAGUCCCGAGCAGUGAAGUCUUGUCUCACGUGUCUGGUGUCCUUCUGUGAGACGCACAUCCAACCCCAUUAUGAAAAAGCCCUCUUGAAAAAUCACAAGCUGGUCGACCCGGCUGUAAAUCUGCAGCAGAAACUGUGCACAAAACACGAAAAACCAAUGGACUUGUUUUGUAGAGACGAUCAAACUUGCAUCUGUUAUGUCUGUUUUGCAACGGAGCACAGGAGUCACGAGGCGACCACACCUGAGACAGAAAGAGAGGAGAAACAGAAUGAUGUGGAUGAAAAGCUAUUAGAAGUUCGAGAAGGAAUCCUGGAGAGGUCCCUCAAAAUGCAAGAAAUGAAAGAAUCUUUAGGUUCGAUUAAGAUGUCUGCUGAUCAAGAAGCACAGGAGGUCGAGAACAGCUUUGCCAACCUGAUCCAUUGCAUCGAAGAAACCUGCAGCAAUGUGAUGGACCGCAUUAGAGAGCUUGAAAAGAUGGAGAUCGCUAAGACUGAAGAAGUCAUGGAGCAGCUAGAGAGGGAGAUUGAAGAGCUAAAGAGGAGAGAUGCUGAACUGACCAGACUCUCAGAGACAAAUGACCACAUCCACUUCCUCCAAACUUUCCCGUCUAUCAGUGUUCUGACUGAAAAUGAAGAUUCGCUCCAAGUUACUGUCACAAAAGACUUCUGCACUGAGGACCUGCGGAAGCAAGUGUCCCAGCUGACUGAAAAUCUUUUCAAAAUCAGUCAGUGGAAUUUCUCAAAAAUUACUAAAACAACCCCUGUUUAUGUUAUGGUGCCUCCAGAACCACAGAAACGAGAAGACUUCUUAAAAUAUUCUUGUUCGCUCACCUUAGACCCCAGAACAGCAAACAGACACCUUCAUCUGUUUUCUGGAAACAGAAAAGCAACAUGGAAAAGUCGAACUCUGAUGCAUCUUCACCAUCCUGAGAGAUUUGACUGUUACUCUCAAGUCCUUUGCAGAGAGGGUUUCUUUAAUACUCGCUGUUACUGGGAAGUGGAGUGGAGCAGGACAGUAACCAUAGCGGUCUCUUACAAAAGCAUCAGAAGGAAAGGAAAGGAGGAUGAGUGUCGACUGGGGUAUAACGACAAGUCGUGGGGCUUAUCCUGCUCCAGUACCUUCUACCGUGCCCUUCACAGUAACAGGGAGUGUAGGAUCUCUGCACCUCGCUGCUCCAGGAUUGGUGUAUAUCUGGACUAUAUCAGUGGCUGCCUCUCAUUUUAUAGCAUCUCGGAGACAAUGACCCUCCUGCACAAAUUCCAGACCAGCUUCACUGAGCCUGUAUAUCCAGGCUUUCGAGUUCAUAAAGGUGAUUCUGAAUCCAAGUGUGAUUCUAGUAUAACAAUCUGUUAGCUGAGCCAGUCUGGUCAAGACUAAUAUUCCAUACACAUGUAAAUGUUUUGCUGAUUGGAUGAAGUUGUAAAUUUUGAGCUAAAGGGCAGAGAAUUCCAAAAUUGGUAGUCGAAAAAACUUUAGUGGUAGAAGGAGUCUCCCCUGGGUUGUCAGUUCCUUGGUCAGCCAAAGGUAAAUGGACUCUCUACUGGUAAUAAUUUUAUUUGUGUUUCUGCUUCAUUGCCAGUUGUCAUUUUUCUUUAAAUUUGCAUAAUUUUUAGUUAGUUUUUUGAAUAGUGUAUGUAUAUUCUUCUACUUCCUAUAUACACCUUGCAUUACAUUUUUUGUUUUUUUUUUUACAUCUUGGUUUGUGUUUUAUUUGUAAACGUGAACCUAAACUACACUCCGCUGGCUCUCGCACAGAACCAGAGGACAAAACUCUAAAUAUAAGCUAUAGGGGUUGCAAUAAAUUAAAUGUGUUUGUAACACUUCUUUUUGUUGGGUGAUAUGUUUAGGUAGCUUCACAUCAUCUCAUUUGAUGGAGUGGUUUCAGUGCGUUGCCUGCAUGUUGUCAUUGUCUCUGAGGGCCUUUCAUUUGUUAGGGCAAGCAUGGCUUGUUCGUAAAGUAUGUUGUGCAAAGCUGGGAUAUACAGUACUAAACCCCUAAAAGAUCAUAGCUGUUAUUGCUGCAAAUAUUACUUUACAAAAUGUUAACGUGGGGAUUUCAUGCUUAAGCAAGCAGCAUUUUAAUUUUUUUUUUCUUGCACAAAACAAGGUCACGUUGGGGAUUGGAGUUUCAGUGCUUUGAAGUGGAAAAUACCACAGUGACCAACAUUUUCUGUGUACAAUUUGUUAUUUAGAGAAUGUUCAGUAAAUGCUUUUACAAGGCACUGUAUACAUGAACACUUGUUCUGUGUAUCUGUAAAGGUUAGCACAGUACGGGUGCGCUAUGAAAACUGUGUUUUCAAUUUCAUUUAAGCCUGGUCUUUAAUGUAUUGCUAAUUUCUUCCUCUGAUCACGUGUAUAGUUUAUUUUUUCUUCUGUGCACUUUUAAGCCGUUAAAUUACAGUGCCUAUAAACAAAGUCUUCACUUUCUUGGAAAGGUUGUGUUUUUAUUGUUAUACAACAUCAAGUCACAGUGGAUUUCA